AUGUCUACACAGGCAGGCGAACAGCCCAAGUCAACCAGAAGGAAGUACGUGUCGACUGCUUGCAUCACAUGCCGCGACGGGAAAAUCAGAUGCGAUGGUGUUCAUCCGGUUUGUGGCAAUUGCGAAAAGAAGAAGAAGCAUUGUGUCUAUGCGCAAGGGGAAGACAAACGAAGGAUACCUGUCCGUAAAGCCAUCCAAGCCUUUUCAGCUCGGCUGUUGGGGCUAGAGCAAUUCAUUCGCGCCCAUGGGUUACAACCUCCACCACUGAAUGCCAACGACGCUGAAUUGAUAGACCGCCUGAUCGAAACUCUACAGCUGCCCGCCACAUCGCCAAAGGAACAACCGGCCGCUGAAAUAUUAGAGCCAGAAGCCUCUGCUGAACGGGAAGAGCUUCUCAGCGAUACAAUCCCGCUACCUGGAUUCAAUUCGCAAGAGUCACGGCAAAGGCACUCUCAGCCACAGCCGUAUCAGAACAAUGUGUCUCUUGGGACCCCUCAGGAGUUCAUGGUUGACCUUGACCAGAUGAAUAGCGACCGCCCGAUACAGGCAUCUGCACCAGAGGCAGGUGAUCUUUUCUCCAACUACACGGAUAUGGACGAUCAAUUGGCCACGCUGCAGGAUAGCAACAUCGGCUUCCCUGAAUGGACUACGGAUUUCACGGGACUGAAUGCCAUGCCACUGGGCAUGACAUACGGCUGGACCGACUUGCAAAUUCCUUAUCCGGAUAUGGACGUGUCUGGAGCUGAUCAAUCUCUGGGACCUUUAACCUCGCCCGAGUCUGUUUCAGGCACUGAUCUGGACGUGCGACUAGCCCCGGAAGACGAAGGCUCUGACGGCGUCAUCAGCGAGAUUUCCGAAAGAAUGGGGACCCUUCAAGUAACCGAUGAUGGCGAGCUUCGAUAUUUUGGGGCCACCUCAAACCUUCCACUACGUGAUGUUACUGGGCUAUUUACUCAAUCCGCCGAAUCAACUAUUGCGCGAAACCGUGGUCAAAGAUUGUUGGAAGCCGCAGGAAUUGGCCAACACAUUGAUGCCACCUUGGAAGAUCAUUUAGCCAAUCUAUACUUCACCUGGCAGGAUCCAACAUUACACGUUGUGGAUCGAGAACUGUAUAGACAAGCAAGGAGAAUGCAACGCACCAGUCCUGGUCGCAGCUCCUACUUGUCGGAGACGCUGAUCAACGCGAUGUGUGCUUUUGGCGCUAUCUAUGACACGGGCCGACACGAAAAUUGCCCCCUCCCCCUGCCAAAGUACUUUGCGAAGCGCGCCAAAAUCUGGUUAGACGUCGAGCUUGACAGUCCCCGAGUUGCAACCGUGCAAGCAUUGGUGAUUUUGAGUUCUUUCGAGGCGGCAUCCACAAAUGACGCACGCGGAUGGCUCUACAGUGGGAUGUCCGUCCGUUUGUCAUUUGAUCUCGGUCUGCACCUCGACAUGACGCAAUAUGUGGCCAAAGGUCUCAUGAGUCCCGCUGAGGCUGAGGCUCGGAAAAUGGCAUUCUGGGGAAGUUUUGUAGUUGAUCACCUCUGGGGCUUCUAUCUGGGGAGACCACCUUGUCGUAUCAGCAACCACAAUCCAUCAGUGCAGCGACCCGCCAAUCCGAGCCCUGAACUUCAACGAUGGGUACCUUACGGCAUGCUUGAGAACUUGCCAGAGGCAGCCCUACCAGUGACUGAUUCGUCCGACCCUAACGGUUUGCUUCCUCGCCAAUGGGUGCUGCUGUGCGAGGUCAUGGAUGAUCUUAGCCAUGUUUUGUAUGAACGUUCGGAUGUAUCAGACAGAGUAUUGCAGACAUUUGCGGAUGAGACUGUUUCCAAAUUAGAUCGAUGGCGGCAAAACCUGCCACCGGCACUCCAGGUCACUCUUGACAAGCAUGACAGUAAUAUGAAGUACCAGCCCCAUGUCUUGGUAUUGCACAUGCAAUACCACCAAUUCAUGAUCUAUAUCCAUCGCCCAUUUAUGUCGAAGCCGGCAGCUUCGACUACGAUAAAUUCCAACAUCCGGCAUAUACAUGCUCGAGCAGUAUGCAUAGAGUCAGCUGUUGCAAUAUCCAUGCUGCUUGGUCUUUACAAGGCAAACUAUCCACUGCGUUUCGUCAACGUCGAGGUGGUAAGCAUCGUGUUCUCAGCGGCCAUCAUCCUGGUGUUGGCUUCGGUCCUCGACUUGGAGGGAACUGACAAAUUAAAUCUCCAACGACAUCUCGAUACCUGCUGCAAAGCAUUAGCAGAACUGGGGAAGGUUUUCAAGAAUGCUUCAAGGACAUUGGAGAUUCUCCUGGAUAUUAAGAGGAAGUGGCAGGCCAAGCUUGUCGCCUCGGAGAAGCCGAAGCGCAGGGUUCUCGACGGUCAAGAAUCAGUGAGGCCAGGCCCGAAGAGACGGAAGCCACAGAUGCAGCCACCUCAGGGCUAG